UGACCCUUACAUAAAGCGAAAUUAUCCUGUCUUCAGGAGAAGCUGUGGGGUAGGGUGGAAGAAUUGAACCACCUUUGUACUGAACUGCCAGCUGGAGAGUGUAGUCUCCUGCUAGGGAGUGUGGGGUGUGUACUUGAAGCAGAUGGUUGAGAGGACAUUCCUGGGAGGGAGGACUGCCCUGGCAGGGUAGUACUUUGAAUGCUUUUAAGGUCUUCACGGACUGAAAUGGUUCCUAUUCAUUCAUUCAUUGAAAAACAUUUAAUGAUGCCUACCAUGUCCAAGCUCAAUGCUAGACACGGGGAUAAAAAAAAAAAUUAACUGAGACCUAGUGAUCCUGCUUUCAUGGAAUACAAGGUCAGGUAGAGGAGAUGGACAAGGAAAGUGCAAGCUGAGGGCACCUGGGAGAAGGAGCAUGUCUGCAUGUGGGCAGCAGCGUUGUUGACUCUGUCAUUGAGCACAGGCUGGAAGAGUUAACAAGCAUUCACCAGGCUAGACCCGGGGUACUAGAAUAUCCAAAACAAGAAAUCAACAUAUUCAAAGAGUUGUGGUUGAAAGAUGGGUUGUGAGGGGGGCUGUGACUGUGGAAAAGGCUAAAUCAUAGGGAACUAGGGUACUGCUAAAGGCCUUGGACUUUAUUCUUAGCGAUGUGGGGAACCCUGGAGUUACCGACAACCUCCCCGCCACCUAAAGAAUUUUAAGAGGAUUAAGGUGGUCACAUUAGUGUUUUAGAUGGAGCUCUCCUGCUACAAGGUGGAGAAGGGAUAUGAAGAAGAGAAGGGAAGCUGAGAGGACAGUAAAAAGGCUGGCUCAGUGAUCCUGGAGAGUGUGAGGAGGCCUGAACUGAGGUGAGACACCCUGGGGAUGGAGAUGGAGGGAUGAUUCGACAUAUUUCUCUCUUUAUUCUUUAAAUAUUUGUUGUCCUUUAAGUGAAAGUUUACAAAUCAAGUCAGUCUCUCAUACAAAAAUUUAUAUAUACCUUGCUAUAUACUCCUAGUUGCUCUCCCCCUAAUGAGACAGCAUGCUCCUCUCCACCCUCUAUUUCUCUGUCCAUUCAACCAGCUUCUGUCCCUUUCUGCCCUCUCAUCUCCUCUCCAGACAGGAGCUGCCAACAUAGUCUCAUGUGUCUACUUGAUCCAAGAAGCUCACUCUUCACCAGUAUCAUUUUCUAUCCCAUAGUCCAGACCAAUCCCUGUCUGAAGAGUUGGCUUUGGGAAUUUGGGAAUGGUUCCUGUCUUGGGCUAACAGGAUGUCUGGGGACCAUGACUUCCGGGGCCCUUCUAGUCUCAGACCAUUAAGUCUGGUCUUUUUAUGAGAAUUUGAGGUCUGCAUCCCACUGCUCUCCUACUCCCUCAGGGGUUCUCUGUUGUGUUCCCUGUCAAGGCAGUCAUUGGUUGUAGCCGGGCACCAUCUAGUUCUUCUGGUCUCAGGCUGAUGUAGUCGCUGGUUUAUGUGGCCCUUUCUGUCUCUUGGGCUCAUAAUUACCUUGUGUCUUUGGUGUUCUUCAUCCUCUUUUGCUCCAGGUGGGUUGAGACUCAUUGAUGCAUCUUAGAUGGCCACUUGCUAGCAUUUAAGACCCCAGAUGCCACUCUCCAAAGUGGGAUGCAGAAUGUUUUCUUAAUAGAUUUUAUUAUGCCAAUUGACUUAGAUAUCCCCUGAAACCGUGGUCCCCAGACCCCUGCCCCUGCUACGCUUGCCUUCGAAGUGUUCAGUUUUUUCAAGAAACUUCUCUGCUUUUGGUUUAGUCCAGUUGUGCUGACCUCUCCUGUAUUGUGUGUUGUCUUUCCUUUCACCUAAAAUAGUUCUUAUCUACUAUCUAAUUAUUGCAGACCCGUCUCCCUCCUGACUCUCGUAACCACCAAAGAAUAUUUUCUUCUCUGUUUCAACUAUUUUUUGAGUUCUUAUAAUAGUGGACUCAUGCAAUAUUUGUCCUUUUGCAGCUGCCUAAUUUCACUCAGCAUAAUGCCUUCCAGAUUCCUCCGUGUUAUGAAAUGUUUCACGGAUUCAUUAUUGUUCUUUAUUGAUGGGUAGUAUUCCAUUGUGUGAAUAUACCAUAAUUUAUUUAUUCAUUCAUCCAUUGAUGGGCACCUUGGUUGCUUCCAUUUUUUUGCUAUUAUAAACAGUGGUGCAGUGAACAAGGCUCUUAUUUCUCUAAGAUAUAUUCCAAGGAAUGGGAUUGCUGGAUCGUAUAGUAGUUCUAUUUCUAGUUUUUUAAGGAAGCACCAAAUCGAUUUCCAAAGUGGUUGUACCAUUUUACAUUCCCACCAGCAGAAGUGUGUAAGUGUUCCAAGUCUCUCUACAACCUCUCCAACAUUUAUUAUUUUGUGUUUUUUGGAUUAGUGCCAGCCUUGUUGGAGUGAGAUGGAAUGUCAUUGUUUUGAUUUGCAUUUCUCUAAUGGCUAAUAAUCAUUAGCAUUUCCUCAUGUAUCUAUUAGCUACCUGAAUGUCUUCUUUAGUGAAGUGCCUGUUCAUAUCCUUUGCCCAUUUUUUAAUUGGGUUAUUUUCUACGUAUUUCUGAAUUAGAAUUUAUUCACUUAUCCAUUCAAUAUUUAUUAAAUCCCAAUUAUAUGCCAGGCAAUGAAGAUAUAGUAAGAAAACCAAAUUCCUGCCCUCAGUAAGCUUAUAUUCUAUUUCAAGGGGACAAAUUAUAGAUAAGACAUAUAGUAUUUCAGAUGCUGAUGAAUUGUGCUAUGGAGGAAAUUAAAGAUAGGGAGAGGGGGACUAAUUUUAAGUACAGGGUCCCAGGAAACUAUGGGAUGUUAUAUUUGAGCCUAAAUAUGAAGGAGCUGGGGAAGUGACCUAUUGCAGUAUCUGGGAAUAAAGUUGACAAGGGAUUGCAAAUACAAAGACCCUGAGGCAGAGCAUGCCUGGCUAGUAAGUGGGGGAGCAAAGAUGCUGUGGAUGAAGUAGUUAAGGAACCAAAGUGGCAGCUAGAUGAAUCAAAAAGAGAGGGGGGUAGCUAUGUGUGGACAUGUAGGGCCACUGCAAGAACGUAGGCUUUUACUGUGAAAUGAGAAAUCAGUGGUUUGUUUUGUUUUUAAUUAUAGCUUUAUUGAUACGCCCACUGAGCCACUUCCGAAAGAUCACAAUCAUGAAAACCCUAUGGAGCAGUUUUACUCUGCAACCCAUGGGGUCACCAUGAAUUGGAAUCAACUCACUGGCAACUGGUUUGGUUUAUUGAGAUAUAAUUUACAUACUAUACAAUCCACCCAUUUAAAGUGUAAAUUAAAUUGUUUUUAGUAUAUUCACAGAGUUGUGUAAGUACCACCACAAUUUUAGACCAUAUUCAUCACUGUCCUCACCCCCAAAAAACCUGUAUGCUAGGCCACAGCAAUUACUAAUCUACUUACUGUCUCUAUAGAUUUAUGUAUUCAUACAAACGGAAUCGUAUGAUAUGUGGCCUUUUAUGACUGGCUUCUUUCACUUAGCAUAAUGCUUUCAAGGUUCAUCCAUGUUGUGUAGCAUGUGUCAUACUUCAUUUCUUUUUAUGGUAGAAUAAUAUUCCAUUGUAUGAAAAUACCACAUUUUGUUUAUCUAUUUGUCAGCUGGGUUGUUUUCAUCCUUUAGCUCUUAUGAAUAGUGCUGAUAUGAACCUUUUAUUUACAAGUUUUUGUUUGGAUGUAUUUUCAUUCCUGUUGGGUAUAUACCUAGGAAUGGAAUCCUGGGCCAUCUAGUAACUUCGGAGCCCUAGUGGUGUGGUAGUUAAGAGCUUGGCUGCUAACCAACAGGUCAGCAGUUUGAAUCCACCAGCUGCUUCUUGGAAACCCUGUGGGGCAGUUCUACUCUGUCCUGUAGAGUCACUGUGAGUCAUAAUUGACUUGAUGGCAACGGGUUUGGUUUUGGUGUAUGGUAACUUUAUGUUUAACCUUUCGAGGAACUUCAGCCUGUAUUCCAAGGCAACUGCACCAUUCUGCAUUCCUACCAGCAGUGUGCGAAGGUUCCAAUUUUUUCAUCCUUACCAACAAUUGUUACUAUCUGUCAUUUUUAUUCUAACCACUCUAGUGGGUGUGAAAUGGUAUCUCCAACAUUUCCCUUUUGGCUAACGAUGUUGAGCAUAUUUUCAUGUUCUUAUUGGUCAUUUGUAUAUAUCUUCUUUGGAGAAAUGGCUAUUCAGAUCCUUUGCUCAUCUUUUAGUUGGGUCAUUUGUAUUUUUAUGAUUGAGUUGUAAGACUCGGUGAGAGGAUUUGAGAGUAGGAAUAGUAAAAAUUCAUCAGUCGGAGUCAGCUAAGCCAAAGGGGAGAAAUAAGUAUUACUUAUCACCAUUUUGGAAACCCUGGUGGCUUAGUGGUUAAGUACUAUGGCUGCUAACCAAAAGGUCGGCCAUUCGAAUCUGCCUAGGCGCUCCUUGGAAGCUCUAUGGGGCAGUUCUACUCUGUCCUGUAGGGUCGCUAUGAGUCAGAAUCUACUCAACGGCAACGGGUUUUUUUUUUUUUUUUUUUUAAUCACCAUUUUACAAAUACAGAACGAGUCUCAGUUAAAUGAUGCCCAAACACAGUGAAAGGCAGAGCUAGAAUUCAAGCCAAGUUUGAUUCCAGAGGCCUAGCUCUUAGUCUUAACCGUGAACGGAUAGCAGGACCCUGAACUCUUCUUUUAAUUUAGUCCCUUGCCCACCCAAAUCUCCUACUACAUUGCUGUAAUCUCCCCAGCUGUCGACCUGUUGUUGCUAGCCCUACGCUCCUUGCCGAACUUCCUUGGAGGCGCCGGCAGAUGGCGAUGAAGUCCCCGGCAGGCCGCUCUGUCCAACCGGAGUACCUUUGUGGUGCCAGGCUCCUGGCGCCGCCGCACUUCCGGGCGCCGAUCCAGUGAUGAAUUCCCUCCCCUGCUCCUACCAGAAUGCAGAAGGUGUCAGUGCUGCUCUUCCUGGCCUGGGUCUGCUUCCUCUUCUAUGCCGGUAUUGCCCUCUUCACCAGUGGCUUCCUGCUCACCCGUCUGGAGCUCACCAACCAUAGCAGCUGCCAAGAGCCCCCAGGCCCUGAGCCCCUACCCACAGGGCACCAAGGGGAGCCCGGGGCCUGCUGGAUGGCCUCCCGUUUCUCCAGGGUUGUGUUGGUGUUGAUAGAUGCCCUGCGUUUUGACUUUGCCCAGCCCCAAGUUUCACACAUACCUGGGGAACCUCCUGUAUCCCUGCCUUUCCUGGGAAAACUGAGCUCCUUGCAGAGGAUCCUGGAGAUUCAGCCCUACCAUGCCCGGCUCUACAGAUCUCAGGUUGACCCUCCCACCACCACCAUGCAGCGCCUCAAGGCCCUCACCACUGGCUCACUGCCUACCUUUAUUGAUGCUGGCAGUAACUUUGCCAGCCAUGCCAUAGUGGAAGAUAAUCUCAUUAAACAGCUCACCAGUGCAGGAAGGCGCGUGGUCUUCAUGGGAGAUGAUACCUGGAAAGACCUUUUCCCCGGAGCUUUCUCCCAAGCUUUCUUCUUCCCAUCCUUCAAUGUUAGAGACCUGCACACAGUGGACAAUGGCAUCCUGGAACACCUCUACCCGACCAUGGACGGUGGUGAAUGGGACGUGCUGAUUGCUCACUUCCUGGGUGUGGAUCACUGUGGCCACAAGCAUGGCCCUCACCACCCUGAGAUGGCCAAGAAACUUAGCCAAAUGGACCAAAUGAUCCAGGGCCUUGUGGAGCGUCUGGAGAAUGAUACACUGCUGGUGGUGGCUGGGGACCACGGGAUGACCAUGAAUGGGGACCAUGGAGGGGACAGUGAGCUGGAAGUCUCAGCUGCACUCUUUCUGUACAGCCCCACAGCCCUCUUCCCCAGCACCCCGCCAGAGGAGCCAGAGGUGGUACCUCAAGUCAGUCUUGUGCCCACGCUGGCCCUACUACUGGGCUUACCCAUUCCAUUUGGGAACAUCGGGGAGGUGAUGACUGAGUUGUUCUCAGGGAACAAGGACUCCCAGCCCUACUCCUCUGCUCUGGCCCAAGCCUCUGCUCUUCAUCUCAAUGCCCAGCAGGUGUCCCGAUUUCUUCACACCUACUCAGCCGCUACUCAGGACCUCCAAGUUAAGGAGCUUCAGCGGCUGCAGAGCCUCUUCUCCAAGGCCUCUGCUGACUACCAGCGGCUUCUGCAGAGCCCCCAGGGGGCUGAGGCAACACUGCAGGCUGUGAUAGCUGAGCUGCAGCAGUUCCUGCGGGGAGCUCGGGCCAUGUGCAUUGAGUCUUGGGCUCGGUUUUCUCUGGUCCGCAUGGCAGGGGGUGCCACUCUUUUGGCUGCUACCUGCUUUCUCUGUCUGCUGGCAUCUCGGUGGGCAGCCUCCCCCGGGUUCCCUUUCCACUCUCUACUCCUGAUACCUGUGUCCUGGGGUCUGGCUGGGGCCAUAGUAUAUGCUGGACUCCUGGCAACUACUGGGCUGAAGCUGGAUCCAGUGGUUCUAGGGGCUGUGGCUGCAGUGGGCUCACUCCUGCCAUUUCUGUGGAAAUCCUGGGCUGGCUGGGGGGCCAGAAGGCCCCUGGCAGCCCUACUUCCCAUCCCUGGGCCUGUCCUGUUCCUCCAGCUCGUUCGCUGGGCUACCUUCUUCUCUGAUAGCUUUGUUAUAGCUGAGGCCAGGGCCACCCCCUUCCUUUUGGGCUCACUCAUCUUGCUCCUGGUUGCCCAACUUCACUGGGAGGGCCAGCUGCUACCACCUAAGCUGCUUGCAAUACCCCGCCUUGGCCCUUCAACCCCAGCAGGCCCCCCACGGCACAAUGGCAUGCAGGCCCUGGGGCUUGGAGUUGGGUUACUUUUAUGUACAAGGCUAGCUGGACUCUUUCAUCGCUGCCCUGAAGAGACACCUGCUUGCCGCUCUUCCCCCUGGCUGAGUCCUCUGGCCUCCAUGGUGGGCGGUCGAGCCAAGAAUUUGUGGUACGGAGCUUGUGUGGGGGCACUGGUUGUCCUGUUAGCUGCUGUGCGCCUGUGGCUUCGCCGCUAUGGUAAUCUCAAGAGCCCCGAGCCCCCUGUGCUCUUUGUGCGCUGGGGGCUGCCACUUAUGACCCUGAGCACUGCUGCCUACUGGGCGUUGGCAUCAGGGGCAGAUGAAACACCCCCACGUCUCCGGGCCCUGGUUGCUGGGGCAUCAGUUGUGCUACCUCGGGCUGUGGCAGGGUUGGCUGCUUCAGGUCUCGUGCUGCUGCUCUGGAGGCCCGUCACGGUGCUGGUGAAGGCUGGGAUGGGUACCCCAAGGACCAGGACUGUCCUCACUCCCUUCUCAGGCCCCCCCGCUUCUCAAGUUGACCUGGAUUAUGUGGCCCCUCAAAUCUACCGACACAUGCAGGAGGUGUUCCGGGGCCAGUUAGGGAGGACCAACUCUCAGGGCCCCCUGACUGUGGCUGCGUAUCAGUUGGGGAGCGUCUACUCCGCUGCUAUGGUCACGGCUCUCACCCUGUUGGCCUUCCCACUUCUGCUGUUGCAUGCAGAGCGCAUCAGUCUUGUGUUCCUGCUUCUGUUUCUGCAGAGCUUCCUUCUCCUGCAUCUGCUUGCUGCUGGGAUACCCAUCACCACCCCUGGUCCUUUUACUGUGCCAUGGCAGGCAGUUUCUGCCUGGGCCCUCAUGGCCACACAGACCUUCUACUCGACGGGUCACCAGCCUGUCUUUCCAGCCAUCCAUUGGCAUGCAGCCUUCGUAGGAUUCCCAGAGGGUCAUGGCUCCUCCAUCUGGCUGCCUGCUUUUCUUGUGGGAGCCAACACCUUUGCUUCCCACCUCCUAUUUGCAGUAGGUUGCCCAUUGCUCCUGCUCUGGCCCUUCCUGUGUGAGAGUCAUGGGCCUCGGAAGAGGCGGCAGACCCCCAGGAAUGACGCUGAGGCCAGAGUCAGGCCUGAGGAGGAGGAGGUGGAGGAGCCACUGAUGGAGAUGCGGCUUCGAGAUGCACCUCACCACUUCAGUGCGGCGCUGCUGCAACUGGGCCUCAAGUACCUCUUCGUCCUUGGUGUUCAGAUUCUGGCGUGUUCCUUGGCAGCCUCCAUCCUCCGCAGGCAUCUCAUGGUCUGGAAGGUGUUUGCCCCCAAGUUUAUUUUUGAGGCUGCGGGCUUCAUUGUGAGCAGCGUGGGACUUCUCCUGGGCAUUGCUUUGGUGAUGCGAGUAGAUGGUGCUGUGAGCUCCUGGUUCAAACAACUAGUUCUGGCCCAGCAGAGGUAGCUUAGGCUGCAGGAGCUGGCUCCUGGCCACUGAGAGAGCUGGAGAAUAGUAUAGCCUGGCCAGUACUGAUGCCGGAUCAUCUGCAAGAGAUGCUCUGCUACACCUUUUACCACCAUGCAGCCAGAGGCUACUGGCAUUUGGGACUUCACUAUUUUAUAAUUAAGACUCAUAGUGGGGCCUGAUCCCUGAUUCCUGUGUUAGACGCAUGUGAGGGACUGAGAGGUGGUCUCCAAAGUGGAAUAAAAGAAUUUACAUAAACAUGUGUCUGAGAUGUGGGGCACCCCCACUAUCGCAUAGGGUUGGAGGGAGGUGAGUUACCUCCCUCCCAUCUGGCGCAGUCAUCCAGGUGUGCUAUACCUGAGAACCUUUGGGAAGUGGUUGGAGUUGUCUGAAUUCACUGUCCCCACCUCUUCCCACAUCACUUUUAUCUCACAUGCCAUUUUCCUUUGCCAUGCAACACAUUAAGUUCCUAUGCUUUGGCUGAUAACAGAGGUAUGGAGAAGGCUGAAAAGAUAAGCCUAGGUAUCAAGGAGCACACAGACUUGAAAGGGAAAAACUUUGUCAUGCAUUAAGGUACUAACAGGGAAGAUUUCUGUGGGACCAAGUCCCACCUUUUGUGGUCCCUUAAUCCUAGUCUGGAAACCCUGGUGGCGUAGUGGUUAAGUGCUACGGCUACUAACCAAGAGGUCAGCAGUUUGAAUCUGCCAGGUGCUCCUUGGAAACUAUGAGGCAGUUCUACUCUGCCGUAUAGGGUCGCUAUGAGUCGGAGUCGACUCAAUGGCAGUGGGUUUGGUUUUUGGUUUUUUAAUCGUAGUCUCAGCCUUUUCUAGAAAUCCUAGGCAUCAUUAUCCUAAUUCCCUUCCUAACCAGUAGAGCUUUCUUUUUAUUACUACUUUCACUGAAGCUCCAGAUAGUGCUGUGCCCCCUCCUCUGCUGUGUCCUUUCACUCCAGGACACCAUUUGCCCUUCUGUUCGGAGGCCUCCCUAACUUCCCAGCCUGUGCUGCCUUUAUUAGAUCUACUUGUCCAUCUCACACAGCAUUGCACCUUGUUCCAUUGAUUAUUGCUGACUUGAAGCCAAAAUGGUUAAUCUGCUGCUCCUCCUGUAUGUUUCCCAUGCCCUCUUGCCACCUCGCCACUCCUGUGUCAUGUUUGCAGGCUGGCAUGAAACCUUUCUGGAGAUGUCCAUCAAAGGAAUUCAGAAGAGGCUCUGGGGAGCCGGGUCAAGACUAGGGUUUGAGGUUUGAGUCCCCAGGGCAGAAGAUGAGAUGACUGCAGUGAAGGACAGAUGCUAGAACUGUGGGACAGCACCUACUUUUGAAUAAAAAAACCCAGUGCCAUCAAAUUGAUUCUGACUUAUAGCAACCCUAUAGGACAGAGAAGAACUGCCCCAUAGGGUUUCCAAGGAACACAUGGUAGAUGUGAACUGCCAACCUUUUGUUUAGCAGUCAUAUCUCUUAACCACACUUGAACAGGCAGGAGGAAAAAGAGAAGCCAAAUAGCAAUGAUUGAAGUAAAAGCGUUCACUGCUGUGGUAGCUAAGGGAUGAGUGCAAAUUAUUAUUAUUUUUGUUUUUUAUUGUGCUUUAAGUUAAAGUUUACAAAUCAAGUCAGUCUCUCAUACAAAAAUUUAUAUAUACUUUGCUAUAUACUCUUAAUUGCUCUCCCCCGAGACAACCCUCUCCUUCCCUCCACGCUCUCUUUUCGUGUCCAUUCCGCCAGCUUCUAACCCCCUCUGCCCUCUCAUCUCCCCUCCAGAUAGAAGAUGCCAACAUAGUCUCAAGUGUCUAGUUGAGCCAAGGAGCUCAUUCUUCACAAGCAUCUUUUUCUAUCCCGUUGUCCAGUCCAAUCCCUGUCUGAAGAGUUGGCUUUGGGAAUGGUUUCUGUCUUGGGCUAAGAAAAGGUCUGGGGGCCAUGACCACCAGGGUCCUUCUAGUCUCAGACCAUUAAGUCUGGUCUUUUUAUGAGAAUUUGGGUUCUGCAUCCCACUGCUGUCCUCCCUCAGGGGUUCUCUAUUGUUCAAAUUGUUAAUGGCCAGUAGUCCCAAGUGCUACAGAGGUCAAAUAGAAAGAUGAAGAAAAGUGUGUGCUGUUUCAGGAACUUAGAGGAUCUGUCAUUGGUGACCCUGCUGGAAACAUUUAAUAAUGCAAAGGGAGAAGUUAGGCCCCAGCUGGUUUGUAAGAAGAAUUAGAAAAGGCCCCCUGCCCCAGCCCUGCACCUCCUUCUGGUGAACACAAUUCCCAAGCAUAGUUUGGUGAGCAGACAGUGCUUUUGUGAGAAGAAAAAAGGACCUUUUCUCCAUCCCUAGUACUAUGAGGGAAAUCCUGGUGGUAUAGUGGUUAAGAGCUAUGGCUGCUAACCAAAAGGUCAGCAGUUCAAAUCCACCAUGCGCUUCUUGGAAACCAUAUGGGGCAGUCCUAGUCUGUCCUAUAGGGUCAUUAUGAGUUGGAAUCGACUUGAUGGCAAUGGAUUUGGGUUUUGGUAGUACCAUGAGAAGGAUUUCAGGCUCCAGUUGCCCAACCUUUACCCUACCACCACUCCCUCUUUGUUUUUGGCAGGGGUGCCCUUGUCUAGGGUAGAAGUUUGUUCUGAUGAUCUUCCAACCACUAUUUCCCUUUCCCCUGAUUCUUUAGAGGAAGAUAGGUUAGCAUUGAUUUACACUAUUUAAAAGUUCUUUCUAAUUACAUCCCUGCCUUUUAUUUUACAUCAAAGAGCCCAUUCUACACUAACUCAGUUUCUUUUUUUAAAGAGCCUUUUUGAGGUACAGUGUAUAUACCAUAAAAUGCACUCAUUUUAAGUGUACAAUUCCAUGAUCAUUAGUAAAUUUAUGGAGUUCAAUCAUUACCACAAUUUAGAUUUUUCUUUUUGUAACAGUUAUAUUGAGAUAAAAUUCACAUACAAUUUGUCCAUUUAGGGUGUACAAUUCAAUGGUUUUUAGUAUACUCACUGAGUUGUGUAACCAUAACCACAAUCAAUUUGAGAACAUUUUCAUCACCCCAAAAAGAAGCUCCAUACCCUUCUGCUGUCAGCCUUCAGCCUCAUCACACACCCUCAUCCCCAGUCCUAGGCAACCACUAUUCUACCUUCUGUCUCUGUAGGUUUGCUUAUUCUGGACAUUUCAUAUAAAUGGAAUAUAAUAAGUGUUUUUUUUUGUGACUGGCUUCUUUCACUUAGCACAAUGUUUUGAAGGUUCAUGUUGUAGCAUGCAUUAGUACUUUGUUCCUUUUUUUAAUUGAGGUAAAAUUCACAUAACAUAAAAUUAACCAUUUUACUCAUUUUAAAAUGUACAAUUCAGUGGUCCUUAGUACAUUCACGGUGUUGUGCAACAGUGACCACUGUCUCAUUCCAGAACAUUUUCAUCAUGCCAAAAAGAAACCCUGUACCUGUUAAGAAGUCACUCUGGUAACCACUAAUUUGCUUUGUGACCCUAUAAGAUUGCCAAUUCUAGAUGUUUCAUAUAAAUGGACUUAUACAGUAUGGUCUUUUGUGUUUAGCUUCUUUCAGCCUAAUGUUUUCAGGCCUUAUCCAUGUUAUACUAUCUAUGUAUUAGUACUUCAUUCCUUUUUGUGGUUGAAUAAUAUUCUACUUUUUGUGGCUGAAUAUUCUACUACAUGAAUAUACUACACUUUAUUUAUCUCUUCAAUAGUUGAUGGACAUUUGGUUGUUUUCACUUUCUGGCUAUUGUAAAUCGUGCUGUUAUGAACCUUCUUGUGCAAGUUUUUGUUUUGAAUUCUCUUGGGUAUAUAUACCUAGAAGUGAAAUUGUUGGGUCAUAUGGUAACCCUACGUUUAACCUUUUGAGGAACUGCCAGUCUGUUUUCCAAAAUGGCUGUACCAUAGUACAUUCUCACCAGUAGUGUGUAAAGUUUCCAAUUUCUCCACAUCCUUGCCAACACUUGUUUUUUGUCUUUUUUUAUUCUAAUUAUCCUAGUGGGCCUGAAGUGGCAUCUCAUUGUGGUUUUGAUUUGCAUUUCCUGAUGUUGAGCAUUUUUUCUUGUGCUCGUUGGCCAUACGUAUAUGGAUCUUGGCUGAAAGAAUACCAGAAAGAUAUUUACCUGUAUUUUAUUGACUGUGCAAAGGCAUUCAACUUUGUGGAUCAUAACAAAUUAUGGAUAACAUUGUGAAGAAUGGGAAUUCCAGAACGCUUAAUUGUGCUCAUGCAGAACAUGUACAUAGACCAAGAGGCAGUCAUUCAAACAGAACAAGGGGAUACUGCAUGGUUUAAAAUCAGGAAAGGUGUGCAUCAAGGUUGUAUCCUUCACCGUACCUUUUCAAUCUGUAUGCUGAACAAAUAAUCUGAGAAGCUGGAUUAUAUAAAGAACAAGCAUCAGAAUUGGAGGAAGACUUAUUAACAACCUGCAAUAUGCAGAUAACACAACCUUGCUUGCUAAAAGUGAAGAGGACUUGAAGCACUUAACUGAUGAAGAUUAAAGACUACAGUAUGGAUUACACCUCAACAUAAAACAAAAAUCCUCACAACUGGACCAAUAAGCAAGCAGUAUCAUGAUAAACAGAGAUAAGAUUGAAAUUGUCAAGGAUUUUCACUUUACUUGGAUCCACAAUCAACACCCAUGAAAGCAGCAGUCAAGAAAUCACUGGAUGCAUUGCAUUGGGCAAAUCAGCCGCAAAAGACCUCUUUAAAUUAUUGAGAAGCAAAGAUGUCACUUUAAGGAGUAAGGUGUACCUGACCUAAGCUGUGGUGUUUUUAGUUGCCUCAUAUGCAUGGGAAAGCUGGACAAUAAAUAAGGAAGACCAAAGAAUUGAUGAGUUUGAAUCAUAGUAUUGGCAAAGAACAUUGAAGAGACCAUGGACCGCCCAAAGAAUGAAUGAAUCUGUCUUUGGAAGAAGUACAGUCAGAAUGCUCCUUAGAAGCAAGGAUGGUGAGACUGCAUCUCACAUACUUUGGACAAGUUAUCAAGAGGGACCGGUCACUGGAGAAGGACACCACACUUGGUAGAGUAGAGGGGUCAGUGAAAAAGAGGAAGACUCUCAGUGAGAUGGAUUGACACAGUGGCAACAACAAUGGGUUCAAGCAUAACAAAACUUGUGACAAUGGUACAGGACUAGGCACUGUUUCAAGUUCUGUUGUACAGAGGGUUGCUGUGAGUCGGAACCAAUUUGAUGGCACCUAACAACGACAAGGAGCAUUUACAUAUAAGUUUGUGUGGGCAUAUUUUCACUUCUUUUAGGAAGGUUCCUUGGGGUGGACUUGCUGUGUUGUAUGGUAAACUUAUGUUUAAUUUUUAAGUAACUGCCAAACUGUGUUCUAAAGUGAUGGUACUGUUGUUUAUCCCCACUGGCAAUGUAUGGGGGUUCCAGUUUCUACACAUCCUCACCAACACUUGAUAUUAUCUGUUUUUUAUUGUAGCCAUUCUAUGUGUAUUUGUGUACUGGGAUCUCAUGGUUUUAAUUUGCAUUUCCCUAAAGGCUUAAAAAAAAAAGAAAAAAAAAUUUUUUUUUAAAGGCUAAUGAUGUUGAGCACCUUUUAUGUGCUUCUAAGCCAUUUGUAUAAUUUUUUUGGGUGAAAUGUCUACUCAUAUUUUUUGCCCAUUUUCAAUGGUCUUUAAAAAAUAUUUUCAUUAUUGAGUUUUGAGAGUGUUUAUAUAUUAUGGAUACCAGUCCUUUAUUAGGUACAUGAUUUUCAAGUAAUUUUUCCCACCUUGUAACUUUUCUUUGAAUUUUAAUGGUGUCUUUGCAACACAUGAAUUUUUAAUAAUAAAAUCCAAUUUAUUAAUUUUUAAAAUUGCUCAUGCUUUUUUGUGCUAAGAACUUACUGCUUAACUGAAGGUCACAAAGAUAUUCUUACGUUUUCUUCCAGAAUUUUAUAUUUUUGGCUCUUAACAUUUAGGUUUGUAAUCCUUUUUGAGUUAAUUUUAUGUGUGGUCUGAGGUAAGGGUCAAAGGUUAUUAUGAUUAUGUAUUUUUAUUAUUUUUUGCAUACCGAUAGUCAAUUCUCCUAGUUCCAUCUGUUGAAAGCUUUGGGCAAGCACCUUCGAGCAGUGCAACUGCACAAGCACAGGGCCACGCUACCACGCGGUUGAAGAGACAGUGGUCAGCGUGAGAAACUCAUCAAGUUCCCUGCCUUAUGGGGCUCUCUAAAAUCACAGCAUCGGUAGUGAGCCGGUAAAAAUAGGACAAUUACGGAGGGCUUUUUUUGGCGUCCC